AUGAAAGAAAAAAGUAAAAAUGCGGCAAGGUCGCGCCGAGAAAAAGAGAAUACAGAAUUUCAAGAACUUGCUAAAUUAUUACCACUUCCAGCAGCGACAACUUCACAAUUGGAUAAAGCAAGUGUAAUUCGAUUAACAACAAGUUACUUGAAGAUGAGAGCAGUGUUUCCAAAUGGUUUAGGGAAUGAAUGGGGAGCUUCUACUACUAUGAAUGACUCACGUGAUGGAGUAAUCAAAGAAUUAGGUUCUUACUUAUUGCAGACUCUCGAUGGAUUUAUAUUCGUAGUAGCACCUGAUGGAAAAAUAAUGUAUAUUAGUGAGACUGCAAGUGUACAUUUGGGUCUUUCACAAGUUGAAUUAACCGGCAACAGUAUUUACGAGUAUAUUCAUCCAGUUGAUCAUAAUGAGAUGCAUGAUGUAUUGAAUUCACCACCUCCUAUAUUAAAUCGAUCGCUUCUAUUACCCAAUGCUCAUGGAAACAUUGAAAUAGAACGAGCAUUCUUCAUUAGGAUGAAAUGCGUGUUAGCUAAAAGAAACGCUGGACUCGUUACUUCAGGUUGGAAGGUAAGACUAUUUUUUGAA